GUCACAUGAAAAGUGUCAUGAGAAUAUUUAUGCUUUUAUUGCUUGUCUUUUAUGGGGGCGGACAUUGUGGGUUUUUCAGCAGUUCCUUGGAUAAAAUUAAGAAGAAAGCCAAGGAUGCUUACAAGAAAAACCAGAAUAAAGGAAAAACAUUAAAUUUUUUGGGAUAUGACCAAAGCGAGUAUCCGGGUACAAAAGAGAAGUACCGAGAAGAGAACAGGCUUAAGUGGGAGGAGUAUUAUGAAUGUUUAAAGGCACAGGAUAAAAGGAUGGUCGACGGGCUUACUCCUGAAGCUGUUAUAGGAUUCGAAACGUCUUACAUUAGCUUUGACUGUAAAAUAUGCCUAAGCCCCUCCGAAAACCACAACAAAGACUCGAUAACAUGGGACUGGGCCCCGAUAGAGGCCGCAUCAAUGAAUCCAAUAGAAUAUACCGAGCACAUCCUUCUGUCUCCCGAAGACCGCUCCUUGAAAAUUUACAAUUUAAAAAGCGAACACAGCGGUCAAUACUCGUGCCGAAUGGAAACGACCGCAGUAGCACCGUAUUUCUUAACGGUCGUCAAUAUAUCGGAAACGUUAAUGGACGAGGUGCGGCCCCCCUCGGCCCCCCGGGGGCCCCACCCCCGGAAACCCGAACAAAUCGAUGAUGGUGGUAACCAGUUCGUUCUGGAUACCGAGUGGGGCGAGUGGUCCAGUUGCAGUAAAUGCGGCGAGGUGGGCAAGAGAAACAAACUGGGUUACUGUAACGUGUAUUACGGCCAGUUGGAUAAUAAAGAGCCUGACGAGGUUUAUAAUGGUUCUUCAGAACUGAAGGAGUUGUUCAAGAUAUUUAAGUAUGGGAUUCCAUGCCACAGUCAUAUUUUACCGGUUGAACUUAAAGAGAACCCAGCGGUUCAAGCGAGGAAGAAUGAGAUUAUGAUGGGGUUUUGUCAAAUAAAAUGCCCCGAAAACAAAGUAUUCGAAGUAAGAGACGCGGAAGGAAAAGUGAUCGAGAGGGUGAACAAUUCCGAAGGGAUUUACUCGUUGAGACAACAGUUGCCCCCGUUGGAGCCUCCAGUGGAGCGACGCACCCAAUACGAGGUCAAAGGCAAAGACGUGAUCCUGGAAUGUCCCGGGAAUAUUAACAGUGACGUGCCUGUACAGUGGCAGAUCGGGGAUAAGAACCUGAUAGCCGAGAAAAUCGUUAAGGAGUCCCACGGGCGGAUUUACAUCAGCAUCACCGAUCGGAUACACAUAAAAAAGUCCAAAAUAUCCGAUUCGAACGUUUAUAGCUGUUGGCAGCAAAAAGAACUCGCCGGCACCAUACGACUGGUCGUAGAAAAGAAAUUCCAAUUGAAUUUCAACCAUACCAUUAUGCUUACCGGCGUGGUGCUUAUUUUAGGGACUUUUUUGUAUGUGUUUGUUAAAGUUAUGGCCAACAGAGAGCUAACCACCAAAUAAAUAAAUAAAUAAAUAAA